AUGUCGAUCAUCCCUUGGAAGAGCGGCGGCUCCUCGCCCUGUCACACCGACGUUGAGUGUCCUUGUGUCGGAUGUGAGGGAUCCCGGCGAGGGAUGCGUCCUCCUCUCCAUGGCGCGCCGUCCUUUCCUCUUUGGUUGUCCCUCUUAACGCUCCUCAAUUGGGCUCAGCCUUCUGUGCAAGCUGCUCUUGGAGAAAAUGUUGCAGUGGCGAGUAAUGAGAUCACCUAUCCCAUAUGGCUGCAUCCUCGCAGGCACAGCAGGUCUGCCGACAGAGAGCAUCCCGCCGAAGCUCAUGUUCUCAUCUCAGCUGAGGGCCAGGAGCUGCGACUUCACCUGGAGAGGAAUGAGCAGCUGUUGACACCUGGAUAUCAGGAAAUGUGGUACACUCCGGAUGGAAGUCGCAAGGCCUUCUCCCCUGUCAACAUGAAUCACUGUUUGUACCAUGGAGAGGUUGCGGGUGUAGACGGUUCCAGUGUGGUUGUCAGCACAUGCUCAGGACUCAGGGGACUCAUUUCUCUAAACGCAAGCGUCAGCUACCUCAUUGAGCCCGUUUCCACGGAUACACUCCAGCACGCUGUUUUCCGAACCAAGAGUCUCCAUCUACCUCCUACAAGCUGUCUGCAGGGCCAUAGUAACGAGGAAGUGCUUGGCACCUUCCUGCAUGGGAUGACAUCAGAACACAAGUUACGGGAACGAAGAGACCUAAGUCAGAAUAUGAAAUAUGUGGAACUGCUGUUGGUGGCGGAUAAGACUGAGUUUGACAAACAUGGGAGUAGUCUCGAGAAGACCAAACUGAAAUUGCUGGAAGCUGCCAAUUUAGUUGACAAGUACUACAAGGCUUUAAGCAUCCGUAUAGCGCUAAUCGGUUUGGAAGUAUGGACCAACCAGGACAUGAUUGACGUGUCCGACAACCCACACAGCACCUUGGCGGCGUUUCUGUCCUGGAGACGCAAACAACUUAACACGCUACACAAUGACAACGCUCAGCUCAUCACGGGAAAGUCAUUCCAGGGUACGACUAUUGGAUUGGCACCUCUGAGAGCCAUGUGCUCGGAAUACCAGUCUGGUGGAGUGAACACGGACCACUCGGAGUCAGCUGUUGGCGUGGCUGCCACCAUGGCGCAUGAAAUGGGCCAUAACUUUGGCAUGAGUCAUGACAGCACUGGCUGCUGCCAGGCCAAAGAUGAGGACGGGGGUUGCAUCAUGGCAGCUGCAACAGGGCAUCCGUUUCCACGUGUGUUUAAUGCUUGUAACAUGCGAGAGCUGAAGAGCUACUUGAACUCUGGAGGAGGAAAAUGUCUCUUCAAUGAGCCCAACACCAGAGCCAUGUAUGGAGGACAACGCUGCGGCAAUGGCUACCUGGAGGAUGGCGAGGAAUGUGACUGUGGCGAAGAAGAGGAAUGUACCAGUCCCUGCUGUAACGCAAACAACUGUACUUUAAAAGCUGGAGCCGAGUGCGCCCAUGGUGUCUGCUGUCAUAACUGCAAGCUGAAGAGCCCAGGGGUGAUAUGUCGUGCUCCCUCAGGCCAGUGCGACCUGCCGGAGUAUUGUGAUGGCAAAGCUGAGUCUUGCCCCGCUAACUUCUACUUGGUGGAUGGCACGUCGUGCGCGGAUGGGAAAGCCUACUGUUACACCGGCAUGUGCCUUACAUUGGAGCAGCAGUGCCGCUCACUCUGGGGACGAGAUGGCCGUGCGGCGCAUGACGUGUGUUUCAAGAAAGUCAAUGAAGCUGGUGACAUGUAUGGCAACUGCGGUAAAGAUCUGCUUGGGAAAUACAGGAGCUGUACAGACAGAGAUGCUAAAUGCGGUAAGAUCCAGUGUUUAUCUUCGGCGGCCAAGCCAAUAGAGAGCAACGCAGUGCGCAUAGAGACAACUGUGACUGUUGGCAACAAGAGGAUGAAGUGCAUGGGAACACAUGUGUACAAACCGGGACAGCGAGAUGAAGAGGGAACGGGGGACACUCUGGACCCAGGCCUCGUCAUGACCGGCACCAAAUGUGGCGACAACUCAAUUUGCUUCAAUGGCGAAUGCCGUAAUGCAUCUUUCCUCAAAGCUGAUGACUGUCAUGCCAAAUGUAAUGGACAUGGGCUGUGUAACAACCAGCACAACUGCCACUGCGAGAGCGGUUGGGCUCCACCUCUGUGUAACCAGAGGGGGCUGGGUGGGAGCGUAGACAGCGGACCUGUCGUGAGUCAAAGCAACCUCCUUCCAGUCCUGCUGGUCCUUCCUCUGCUUUUCUUGGUUCUAUUGGCUGUUGGACUGUGGUGCCGCUAUAAACAUAAACUCCAACCACUUAAAACAUCCUCUCCAGCACCUGUUCCGAGUUGUUCAGUUUCGGUGGAAGCCAAGCCUCUGCGGCGGGACAGCGAUGUGAAUGGUCACACCAACCCAACAUUCUUGCUGAAAAAGCAAGACUUGGACCAACAGUCUCCUGCUCAUCCGAGCCCGGUGCCUAAACUUGCUUCCAUGCGCCCCGCUGUGAAGCCCCCUCCUGUCCCAAUCCACGCUGCACAGCAGAGUCCUAUCCUGAGACAAUCCUCACUUCAGAGUCACUCUCCCAUUCGGCCUGAGCCGAGACGAAAGCGUGCUCCCCCGCCACCCUCAGGACCCGCCGCACCACGACCAGAGCCGCCAAACAGGCCUCCACCGCCUUGUCCUGUCAGCAAAACGGCAGUGCACCAAUCGAUAGGCCAACCUGUAACCAUUGACGCGCUGCUUAAGGGAAAGGCUGCUCUGGUGACAUCUAUUGACCGGAAAAAGCCAAACAGAUCUUGA